AUGCCGCGGCUGCUGGACCUCGCGCUGACGCUGAGCGAGACGGGCGUCGUCGAACCCGCGUGCGUGUUUAACGCGCUGGAACAGCUGGUGGAGACGUGCACGAUCGCGGACUGCGAGGACGUGUUCACGUGGGUGGAGGCGCGGCGGGGACGGCUGAGCGCGGAUGCGCUGUGGCGACGGGGCAAGCUGGUGAUGCUCCGCACGUGCAACGAGCUGCAGAGACGGCUGAGCAAGACGGCGGACACGGUGCUCCGCGGCAGGGUUCUGCUCCUGUUGUCGUCGCUGUACCCGCUGUCCGAGCGGUCGGCGCUGAACCUGGGCGGGAACUAUAACGCGGGGAACACCACCGAGCUGGAUGAGCUGGACGCCGACACUGCAGAAGCGACGGAUGCAAACGCAAAGGCGGAAGGGGUCGUCGUGGACCGCGCCUUCUACGAAACGUUCUGGAGCCUCCAGAAGUUCUUCUCCAACCCCCCCGCCGCGCUCGAGCCCGCCGCCGGGUGGAAAACCUUCUGUGUAUCCCUUCGGUUGGUGCUGGACAACUUCGAGACGCACCGGCUUGAUAAGAUGUCGUCGGGGGGAGUUACACCCGGAGUUAAACCCUCGGUCCCGUCGGGCGCGACAUACGUCGAAGCCGGCAUCGACGCCGGGACCAAGUACCUCACCGCCGCGCCCCUGCUGCACCUUCAGCUGAGGGACCCCGCGUUCCGACGGCACUUUCUCGUGCAGUGCGCAGUUUUCCUGGGUUUUUGCACGUCCCCGCUGUACAAGGGUGUCGACGCCGCGGACGCGAGGGACGCGAAGAAGCGCGUGAUGGAGGCUAUUCGCCAAACCCCGCCGCACGGCGAGGAGUUCGCCGCCGCCGUCGCCCUGGCGCUGCGCCGCGAGGAGGGUUGGGUGCUGUGGAAGCGCGAUAACUGCAAGGACUUCGAGCGCGAGCCCGAGGCGCCCCGGCCACCGCCGCCCGCCCCCCCGGUGAUGCGACGACGACUAAGACCUGGCGCCGCGGCUCCGGCGGUUCCCCCCGAGAAGCGCGUCAGGCUCGGUAACCCCGAGCUGGACCGGCUGUGGAACCUCAGCGAGGACAACGUCAGCGCGCUCGGGGAUAAGAGGGACGCGGCGCCCACCGCGGAGGUGUACCUGCAAAACGUCGUCGACGACAUGGACCCCGAGGCUCAAAUCGAGGAAACGUACAAGAGCAAAAACGACAAGACGUACGUGUGGAAGGCUCUGCGACUCAUCGCCAAGGCGGACAUGGGCGCGUUCCAGCGGCUGGGCGCGGAGGACAUGGAAACGGUGGUGCCCGCGAUGCUGGGCGUGGAGCCCCCGGGGAGACCGACGGGGACGGAUGCGGAUGGGGGGACGGAUGGUGGGGGGGACGGGGAGGGCGGGCCAGCGGCGAUGGAGACGGAUGGGGGCGGGGACGCGUCGAAGGAGGCGAACGAGCCCGAGGCGGAGGAGGGCGGGGAAGCCGACGGGGAGGAGGACGAAGCCGACGGGGAGGAGGAAGCCGACGGGGAGGAGGAGGAGGAGGGGGAGGAGGAGGGGGAGGGGGAGGAGGACGAGUAGUAG